AUGAAGUCACGCAGCAGAUCUGGCUGGCCAGCAGGUCUGGAAGCAGGAGAGGAACUUCAAUCUGGACCAGGAGGACACAGAUCCCCACAGAUCAAAGAGGAACAGGAGGAACUCUGCAUCAGUCAAGAGGGAGAACAGCUUGUAGUGAAACACGAGGAUGAAGGCAUCGUCGUCUGGAGCGGGGAAGAGCGGCUCAGACAGCUGCAUAACAUCUGGAAACCUGAGAAAGAUUUACAGACCAGCGACCUCCACCAGCAAACUGCCUGUAAGGAGGAGGAGUUUGUCGCCAAUCAGCAGGAGAGGAACUCAAGUCUGGACCAGGAGGACCCAGAUCCUCCACAGAUUAAAGAGGAACAGGAGGAACUCUGCACCAGUCAGGAGCUGGAGGAGAUUGUACUGAAGCAGGAGAUCAAUAGUUUUAUGGUGACUUCUAGUUUUGAGGAAAGUGACCUCAGUGAAUCAGAACCAAACGAUGACCAGCUCCUUGCUCUUAACUUUCCUGAACCAGAGCUUGAGGAACAGGAAGAAAACCAGCAUGUGGACUCGGGAUCAACUAGAAAUGCGGAGCUGAAGAAAAGGAGACGUCACAAAAACCGAACAGAUAAGUCUCGGAGUGAAACUGAUACAAGUAAAAAAUCUGUAAGCUGUGACACUUGUGGAAAAACUUUUCAGUGUAAAUCCAACCUGACGAGACACAUGAGAGUUCACACAAGUGAGAAGCCACAUUCUUGUAGCACCUGUGGGAAAAGAUUCAUUUGGAAAUCAGGAUUGGAAACUCACGUAAGGAUCCACACAGGCGAGAAGCCAUAUUUUUGCAUCACCUGUGGGAAAAGAUUUGGUAAGAAAUCAGGACUAGAAACUCAUUUGAGAAUCCACACCGGUGAGAAAGCGUAUUCUUGCAACGUCUGUAGGAAAGAGUUUAGAGACUUGUCGACUAUGAAAAGUCACAGAAGGAUCCACACAGGUGAGAAACCAUAUAUUUGUAGCUCCUGUGGGGAAAGAUUCAGUUGGAAAUCAGGACUGAAUUUUCAUCUAAGGAUCCACCUGAGUGAGAAACCAAAUCACUGCAGCACCCGAGGUAGAAAAUGACCUCAUGCUCCAAGUCACGGUACAUUUCCUGUCCACAGCAGUGAAGGGCACUCUAUGUUGUUUGUUCCAGCCCUGACUUUAUGUUUCUCUAAGUUUGAUAUUUUUUUUAUUGGUCUUUAAAGGUGACACAAAUAUUUAUUGAACAUGGAUGCUCUUUUAAUAUUUACCACAGAAACUUGUAUUUCUUCUUCAGUAUAGAAGAAAACAAACAUGAAAAUGAGUUUUUCAUCACUUGUUCCUUGUAACAACCAUGAUGUGAUUCCUUUUUAUCAGCCAAUAAAUAAGUUUUGAUACACAGGACUAAAGAUUUUAAAAAAGUUCAAGACAAGUAUACAAUUUUUAUUUAAAUAUGUUUUCUUUGUGAUUUAUGUUAAUGAAGGUUAUACUUCAGUAUGGCUUUGACCUGGUUGUCCUGGUUCUUCUUAGCAACAUGUUGCAAGAUUUGAUUAAAAAUGUUUGUGACUAAUUUUGUGUAUUGUGUAAUCCCUGCUAAAUAAAAGCAGUUAAAUGUGCUAUAUUGGCUCAUGAUAAGUGUUUAUAUCAUUUUGCCUAAAUGCAAGUAAACUCAAUGUUUGCCAA